CAAAAGUCGUUUUCUCUUUGUUGCUUCUUGCUUCUGCUUCAUUCAUUAUCUCUAUAACGUCCUCCUCUCAAAAGUUCCAGUCCUUUUUUUAGGGCUUCCCCAAUUAUUGACUUCAUUUAUUUGUUCAUAUAUACCUAAUUCUUAGCCACAGACUGAUCAUUUCGAGCUUUGAAGCACAACAAAAAGUACCCCUCUCUCUCUCUCUAUAUUCCAAUUCUUUGAAUACUGAAACUCAUAAGCACCAUAUACCAUUUCCACAAGAUCAAUGGAGGAGCAACAGAAGGAGCUGCACUUUCUACCUAAUCAUCCAAAUGCCGUAGCUUCCUCUUCUUGGCCAUUAGAUUCUUCAGCAAACUAUAAUAUCCGAUCAUCAGAAUCAACAGAAGCUCCAUCGUUGGACCUUCAACUUUCAAUUAGCGUAAGACCUAUAAAACCACCACCAUCAGAUCAAGGUGUCCUAAUAAGGCCAGUAAAUCAUCAUCAGGAUCACUACACCGACGUCCGGUUCGACUCCGGCUACGUUGAGGCACUGAAAUGGCAAGCUGCAGAGCAAAUCCGGUUGGCUGCAAUAGAGAAAGCUUAUGCGGAGCGUGUGAGAGAGCUUACUAGACGAGAGAUAGAAAUGGCUCAGUCAGAAUUCGCACGUGCGAGGAGUAUGUGGGAGAGAGCUAAAGAGGAAGUUGAAAGGGCAGAAAAGUUGAAAGAGAGAGCAACUCGUACUAAUUGCAUGGAAGUUACUUGCCAAUCUUGCAGUCAAAAAUUCCGACCUCAUUAAUCUAUAUAUGAGGAAAAAAUAAAUAAAUAAAUAAAUAAAAGAUGUUAAUUAAUGAAGGUACUUUCUAAUAAGAGUAAGUAAUAUAAUUUGUGUUUUAAGGGUUUUGGCUGAGGAAAGAUAAAAGAGCUGAUGGUAAAUGAUGAUGUGUAGAAUGCAUUCAUUUCCUGUGAUUGGAACUGCAAAACUUAAGUGGAAUAAUUGUAUAAUUCUUUUGUUUUCUGCUCUUAUUACAUGAACAAUUGAUUUAUAAGUUAUGUAGUAUCCUGGCCCUGGCAGAAUUUGACUAUGUAUGUAUGAUAUCCUUCCUUUUCUGGAGGUAAUGCAGUCUUCAUAAUAUCGGAAACAUAUGAGAAUAUUGGGUUAUUUGUGUUGUA